GGGGGGGGAGAGACGAGCAACCAUGUCGACCAUCUUGGACAAGAUUGCGGAGAUUGAGAAUGAGAUGGCGAGGACGCAGAAGAACAAGGCAACGGCCAAGCAUCUGGGACUGCUCAAGGCCAAGCUGGCCAAGCUCAAGUCGGAGCUGUUGCUGCCAAAGUCGUCGUCCAAGGGAGCUGGUGAUGGAUUUGAUGUGACCAAGUCGGGAGAUGCACGUGUGGGUAUGAUCGGCUUCCCCUCGGUGGGAAAGUCGACUCUGCUCUCAAAGCUGACAGAGACAGAGUCGGCUGUCGGUGCUUAUGAGUUUACCACCCUCACUGCUGUCCCUGGUACCGUCGUGGUCCAUGGCACUCGCAUUCAGCUCGUUGAUCUGCCGGGUAUCAUCGAGGGCGCAAAGGAUGGCAAGGGCCGUGGGCGCCAGGUCAUCUCCACUGGCCGGACCUGUGACCUUAUUCUCAUUGUCCUCGACGCCAUGAAGCCGCUGACGAUCAAGAACAUCAUCGAGAACGAGCUUUCGGGCUUUGGCAUCCGGCUCAACAAGACGCCGCCGGACAUUUCGUUUGUCAAGCGCGAGCGCGGCGGACUCAACUUUACAUGCAUGAACUCGAACGCGACGCUCGACGCGGAGACGGCGCACGCGAUCUGCAAGGAGUACAAGAUCAACAACGCGUCGAUCACGGUGCGUUCUGCGGCCAACGCCGAGGAUCUCAUCGACGUCAUUGAGGGCAACCGGGUGUACAUUCCGGCGCUGUACGUGCUCAACAAGGUCGACGGGCUGUUCAUCGAGGAGCUCGACGUCAUCACCGAACACAUGCCCGACGCCGUCCCGGUCUGCGCCGACCACGAGUGGGGCCUGGACGAGCUGUUGGAGCGGGUGUGGGAGAAGCUGAGCGUGACUCGGGUCUAUACCAAGCCCAAGGGCCAGCUUCCGGACUACAACGAGCCGGUGGUGCUCCGCGGCGAGCGCCGGAGCGUGGAGGACUUUUGCCGCCGCAUCCACAAGGACUUUGUCAAGUCGUUCAAGUACGCGUGGGUGUGGGGCAAGUCUGUGCAGCACAACCCGCAGCGGUGCGGCCUGAGCCACGUUCUGGAGGACGAAGACAUUGUGCAGAUUGUGCGCAAGUGA